AUGAAUGGCUGCAACGAAUGUAGCAACAGCAGUGGCUUUCGCUCUCCAAUGCUAAUGCCAUCAUAUAAUCUACACUCAAAGCCGAGCUUCAGUGAUGAAGGUGCUCAUGGCCUUCCGUUCGAUGAACCUUGCUGCUGGAGUGUUUUAGGGGAUGACACCAACAUAAUUAAACGCGAAGAAAGUUGUGAUACUCAACUCGCAGGAUCCAAAACCGUAGCCGAAACUCAUGAACUCCAUCAGACAUAUCGUGGUGAAGAUGUCGACCAACCCUUCAUCGAGAACGGUGUCGCUGACUUCCUAGAUGAUGUCAUUACUGGGAGGACGGACCACCUUCGUAAGUUAUUGGCACACCAGACCUUGGAAACGGUUACUGCAGCAACAACUAGAGCUCAAAAUAAUUCUGUGAGUGAAGUCGUAACGAGUCCUUCGGAGUCGUUAGCCGGUACCUCCUCCACCGGGGGGAGCGUAUCUUGUAGAAAAGUUGCUCGGGAUCAUCCUAUUAGCUCCGCCGCGCGGUCUCUGCAGGCAUAUGAGCUGGUUGCAUACAUCGGCUCUGGAACUUUCUCCGAAGUCACGCUUGCUCGGCACAAGGUCAACAAUGAGUUGUACGCGAUUAAAAAGAUAUCGAAAGAGAAAGUUCGAAAGGGGGGUUUCGUAGAGCACACCUUUAUGGAGCGCAAAAUGCUUGUUGCGCUACAUCAUCCUUUUCUCGUACGCCUCUAUCAGGCUUUCCAGACGCGAACGCACCUGUACUUGGUUUUGGAUUUUGCCCAGGGUGGAGACUUGUACUACUUCAACCUUGAAAAGCGUUGGGUAAAAGAGAUGAAGUAUGAGAUUAGGAGGUCACGUUAUCCUUGCUGCAUGUCCCAAAAUCUUAUCGAUCCUUUGGGGCGAACCCUUACUAUAGAAAGAAGUGCGGCCUCCGUGUUAUCUGGCCAUGAUGGGAACUUUCAUACCACUGGGAAGAGCAUGAAUGUCUCCAUCUUCGAAAGUACUAAUAACACGAUCAGACACAUCUCCCCGCAAACAGUCAAUGAUCAGGAGGAGGACGUCAUUGCUUUUAGUGUAGCCAAUGAUAAGAAUAUCAACAAGGAAAGCGCUCACACAAAGCAACAGUUUCUGAAGAAGACAGAAUCCCCUUCGUCUCUUAGCAUUUCGAAUCGUUUUUCGUACUAUCAAAAUUACAAUCUUGCUUGUGAACAUAUCGGUACCAACUCCAGCGCACCGCCUCUAUAUCGGUACACCGCUGUGGGUGAGUCCGAGAAAAGAGCUCCAGAGGAUCAACGUAGUCUUAAAAAUUUACCGCAUAGAGAUGCCUCUAUAGGUGAUAUAACUGAACGUGUCCAUGAAGCAAAACCAAUAAAAAAACAUCAACACUAUCACCACUACAAGCCGAAGGAGGAAUCGCACAGAGACCCAUUGUUUGAUAGCCACGAGGAAGAACACAAUCACCGUACACAUUCCCUGGGUGACUCACAGCAGUAUCCUAAUUCUAAGGCUUUACAAGCUGCAUUAGACCCCAAUAUGGUAUCAGAGGACUCUGUUGAGUCCUACUGCAAUCACGCUCGUCGAUCUUUUGGCUCUACAAACGCACCAUCUCGCGUAGCCGACGCGCAUUUUGAAGUCAGCGUCGAUGCAACUUCAUUAUUUUCAUCAGCUCCUUUAUUAACUGAUUUCAGUCCGCAUGUUCAAGAUGAUGGUGCGACUGAAUGUGUGCACGAAGACAUGGAAGGAAGCACUGUGGCCAUGCCACCGCUUGCUGACAAUGCCUCACGUUUGCCAAUCCGGUACAUCGCUUUCUACGCAAUAGAAAUUGCCCUGGUGUUGCAGUACCUUCACAGUAAGGGCUUUAUCUAUCGUGAUCUCAAACCUGAAAACAUCCUAUUGCGACAAAGUGGACAUAUUCUCUUAACAGAUUUCGGUGUCGCCAAGCUUAGAAAAAAUACUAUAGAUGAUUCAGACAUUAUGAAGAAGUCAAAUCAAUCAGUUGCAGAGGAAGAAAGUGGGGUGGGACGUGUUGAGAAGCCAAUAAGCCAAACAAGUCCAUCCUGUAAUGGUGAAUUUUCUGCUUCUAGUGAUGACAAUGCUGAGGAGCGUGCCACGAGCUUUACUGGUACUGUGGAGUAUAUGAGCCCAGAAAUGCUACAAGGGAUUCCCCAUGAUACCCGUACUGACUGGUGGAGCUACGGUUGUCUUCUUUUCGAAUGGGCUAAUGGGCGCAAGCCAUUUGAUGGCGACAGUCAGUUUGCGCUUUUCAAAUCUAUUAUUGAGGAAAACGUGCGCGUUAUAGAAACCGAUUUUCAGGUAACUGCGUUAGAGCUUCACUGUCGAGUGGAGAAGCUCCGCCUUCGUUAUCAGGAGCUUGUUUGUGAGCAUAAACUCAGUACCCAUUCACACCCGCAGGAAGAACAGAAAACUUUGCCUUGCGGUGAUUCCCUCGCACACACUUCUGCCACCGAUGGGGAAACAGAAGGGGCUUCGAUUCAGACUGGUCAGAGGCAAAACAUACACUCCUAUCUAUUACAUAGUUUCCAUUCAGUGAGUAGCUCUACUGAUAGAAAUCCUCAAAUACCUUCGUGGGCCGGUACACCUGUCGAGGCACACGCGCGGCGUUCCCAAGUCUUCGCCACUAGAAAGCAAAGCGUGUCGUCGACUUCUACGUUGUUAGGUACGCACUCCACCCCCUUGACAAUGGCACCGCGGGUAUGCGACACCUUUGUUCGACAUGCCCUCAUGGAGCUUCUUGAAGCUAACCUCCUCCUCCGCGAUCUUAUCCUUGGUCUGCUGAAUCGUGAUAUGGGGAAACGACUGUGUGGGCCUAUGGUAUUGGAACACCCUUUCUUUGCCUGCAGAUAUAUUACCUCCCAGUUAUAUGAUAGCGUUUACCCCACUCGCGGCAUGCGGAUGAAAGGAACCAAUAAUGUUUCUUCGGCGUUCGGCAGAACUUCUGAAAUUCCACAACGAGAGGAGCAAAUCGGAUCGAUCGUUUUUUCUUCUACAUCUAAUGUCAUGUCUGCAGAGAUGUUCUUAGAGCGUAUGCCCGUUAUACAGCGCCCAGAAAACUGGGCAGAACUUUUCUCAACAAUGAAAAUUAAAGCUUUAUACGUACCAAAGUUACGUUCCAGAGAUGACCUGCGCUACUUUCCGUCGGCCGUUACCGCAACAGGUUUGAGAGCCGCUGUGGAACAGCACAAGCGUAUCAAAGAAGCUAGAAACGAGAUGAAGGAACUUCGGCGUCAGACUAUGCGACAAGUGGUGACACAUUCUUAUGACGGCGACACAAAAACAUGCUUACAACAUAAGAAGCACGAGGGGUUCAACUUAAACGUGCAAGGGACUUCUGACGAAUUACUUAAUUUCGACCCUGUGCUGCCACAUACGAGUAGGAGUCCUGGUGUUAUGUCGAGACUAUGCCACAACGUAAAUCGAAAAGACAAUAAUACGGAUUUAGACGGGAAUGCAAAUGCAACCGCUGCGUUUGAUGAAGAGAUUGUAAACACUCCUGAUGCUUCUUCCCCACAUGCGUUUCAGACACAGUGCCAACCAUCCAGCAAAGAACAGUCUCUGGGUGUAGAUGAUUUUGCGCAAUUGGCUGAGUGCAGCAGUAACUUUUGCUGCGUUAGUAAUCCCAAGACAGUUGUGCGUGAAGCGGUUGCUAUAAAGCCGUCCUCCUCACACCACGCCGAUCCACCCCUUCUGAGCGCUCAAAUUCAGCCAAGCAUAACUGGUAUUUGCACCAUUACCGAUAAAGAUUUUCUUGGGGAAAGCAUCGCAGCAACUGCUGAUGCACUCGAGGACAAUAAAGGCAGUCUGAAUGUAGGAAAAAGACAAUGUGGGAUCCCUUUUGCACUUCCAAAAAUAACAGGAACUCAGAGACGUGAUGUCGGUGGAAACUGUCGUUCCUUUAGCUUGGGUACAGUUGGCGCUGGAGGCGUUGAUGCCGGUGGCUCUUUUUCUUCAGGCGAUCCUCUAUGUGAGACUCGGGGCAAACGCCAAAAAUCUCAAGAAAGCGCGACAAUCGGAUACCCCUCCAGACUUCUUAUAGACGACUCGGAUAUAAGUAAGACAAGCACUCGAGGCUUCACGUCUGAGGAUAUCUUUGCGCGUACUGCGGUCUUGCCUGAGGACUUUGUGGCUGCUGCCAUCGUCGCGGGUCAGAUACGAAUGGAACAGAACAAAAAUCCUAAAGGAGAGCCGCCAGAGGUUUCGGGCUCGUCACACAAUCCGAGUUUAGUAGCCGAAGAUGACAGCGAGAUGCUACCAAUCGAGGAGGCGAAUGGAGAGGAGCGCAGCAGUGCACCAAUCCACCACGAUAGUAGUGGCGGAUACUAUGACUGCAACGCCACAGAAGAGACGCCACCAAUGAUGGAUGACAUACUUUUACACGAAGGUUUCACAACAGCAGAGGACUCGAAGGAUUUCCACUGCAUGCCUCAUAGUGGCAGUUGGAGCGGUGAGAACAAGGGCGAGGGUUUGCAUGUACAAUGUAUCAAGCCUAAGAAAAAAAAUACUGUCUCUACGGAAACGGCAAGCCUUGAGGACAUUAGUGAUGAAGUUUCAGGCCUCAGCACUUUCCGCUUGCUUGACGGAGCGAGCACGCAUCAUAUGAAGAGAGAACAUCCCUUAGGAGGGAAGGGUUUUAUAGGUGAUGAUGAGAACAACAGUAGUAGCUGCGACCACAAUGAGAACGCAUCACAAAAGGACUCGAUAGUCAGUGCUACGAAGUCUUUUGUCGAUGAGGUAGAGCAUGAUCGAACUCAGAGUAGUAUUAGUGGCAGUAGCAGUGGUAGUGGUACCUCUUCGGAAAGCUUGUUUACGGGUGUUAGCAUGGAUCUGGGGGGCUUUAAUCCUGCGUAUAGUGGUUUCAACCAUGAUGUGCAUAGGACCUCUCGCGACAUUUAUUCAUCGAAUAAGACAGUUGUGCCAGGGUUAUGUGCAAAUACUGACCUUGAGACUUUUUCUAGAAGUGGAGAUUGUUCCUGCAACUUUGUCAACGGGCGUAUUCCCGUUCACUCUUCAAAUUCAUCAUUGGUGGCAAAACACGGUCCUUUUCCUUUGCAUCAACUGAACGCGAAUGUAGACGCGGCGCAAGGGAUGACGUACGCUCAGGAACCACACUUUAACGAACCUCAGACGGGAAACUCUAACCUCGAGGACAGCGCUUUAUACACUCAGAAUGAAGAAAUGCUGAGGGAUGGCUUGACACAUCCCACGUGGGGAGUCAUUCUGGGUCGCGUCUACGCAGACGCGUAUCAAAAUGAUGUAACUACCCUACACGGUAUUGCGUAUGAUGUAGAUGAUGAAAGCGCUUCUAGUAUGACUAUCGGCAGUCGCGCAGGUGCCCAUCCAAGCUCUCCUAAACUGCCGUCCAGCUUGCUUCGAGUACGUGAGGGGACAAGUAGCGGCAAAUCCAUCCGACCCCUGAAACCAUUCCAAACGGAGGGUGUAUCACGAAGCUACGACUUUGUCCCUUCAUCCUUUUCGGGUUCACUAUCAAUAUCCAAGAUUGAUGUUUCGUCUGGAAAUGCGCACAUGAAGCCCACAAAGAAUCAUUGCCCCUCUGCAUCUCCUCGAGAGCUGUGGCAGAAGCGGAUGCGCCAAAGGACAGCUACACCGUCCUCCCCUGCUAUCGAGGAAAGCCUGCCUAAUCGCAAGCAGAGUGUUGAAUUUCUCGGAUUUACAUAUGACGGUCAUGCCUUCGAUGGCGGCUUCCUUGACUCUGCAAACACCACCCUUACAACAAAUUUCUUUGAUGACAAUGAAAAUAGUGAUAGCCUAUCUGCAAUGCAUACUACCAGCAUUUCCUAG